CGCGAGGCUUGGCUUCUAUAUCUCCACCCAUUUCCUGCGCUCUCUCUGCGGCACAUAAGAAACUGUCCGUGGGAGGCAAAAUCUGGGAGGAAAAUGUUUUUUCCUUUGUAUUUUGCGAUUGACCCGCACGGUGACUGCCCAGCUGCUGUGGAGGCGGCUCGGGGGGGAGGAGAAGCACAGGCUCAUAAAUUCCUUGGUCAUAAAGUUCCUCUGCAAUUACAACCCGAAAGACAUUUCAAAUAUUACAUAGAAUCCACUUAUCUCUGCUUUCCCCAGCUUUUAAAUGCAGGAGUAUUAAUGGUGUUGGAGGAACUAUGGGGAAUAUUGUGGGGAAAUUCAGUUCUCAGUUCCAAGCAGUUUGUUUUGAGGUGAUAGCCCUGGUUUCUGCGUAGGGUUGUGUAUGGACACAGCUGUAGGGUCAGCACAGUGACCUGGAGUGUGGUGGGGAGCUGUGUUGUACAGAGUGGAGAGUCCUCAAAAUGGUGCUCCUUUCCUUUUCACCAUUUUAAUUAAACCACAAAAGCAAUUGCUGCAGAGGACAAAAGCCAUCCUCUACCUCGUUCUGACACGUUAUUAAAUACAUUUGAGUGGAUACGUUUCUUGGUGUUCUGCAACAGCUCAAGACAGAAAUGAAUAAUGUCCUGCAUAACCUUACUGUUCUCUUGGGUAAAAAAUGAGAGAGGAUGAUCCCAAGAGCUCUGCUAUGUCUCUCCAGUGAAUACAGGGGUUUGGUGAAGCACACUGGAGGCUGUCAUUGUGGAGCCGUGCGCUUUGAGGUCUGGGCUUCGGCAGAUCUGCACGUGUUUAACUGCAAUUGCAGCAUUUGCACAAAGAAACAGAACAGACACUUCAUUGUGCCAGCAUCACGUUUCAAGCUGCUGAAGGGUGCUGACAAUUUGACAACAUACACCUUCAACACACACCGUGCCCAGCACACGUUCUGCAAGACCUGUGGUGUUCAGAGCUUUUAUACUCCUCGUUCUAACCCUGAUGGUUACGGAAUAGCUCCCCACUGUCUGGAUGAUGGCACUGUGCAGACCAUUAUCACAGAGGAUAUCAAUGGCAAGGAAUGGGAGAAAGCAGUGAAAGAACAUAAAACCAUCAGAGACAUGUCAAAACCCUGACUCACCCUUCUAGCAGCCUUGGGAGCACUGCCAUGGAACUGUAGUCUGGGGUUCCCUGGGUGAUGGUUGAUAAAAUCAAUCUCUACAUUACUGUAACCUGUUCUCUGUUUCUUAAAUAAAUCUUUCUGUGUUGAUUGUCUCA